GCUGCUAGUGCUGCUUGGAACAUGGGUGAAUGGGAUAAGAUGGAAGAGUAUGUUUGUCGAUUGGAUGAUGGAGAUGAAAACAAGCUUGGAGUUUUGGGUAAUACUGCUGUUACAGUGGAUGGGAGCAGUAUUGGGACCUUCUUCAGGGCUGUCUUAUUAGUUCAUAGGGGGAAGUAUGAUGAGGCACGUGAAUAUGUUGAAAGAGCAAGGAAAUGCUUGUGUACAGAAGUGGCUGCCUUGGUUCUUGAAAGCUAUGAACGUGCAUACAACAAUAUGUCCGCUUUCAGCAGCUAUCAGAAUUGGAGGAG